AUGAGUACGGAUGCUAUUGAGGCAUGGAAAUGUCAUCAGCUACGAGCUGUGAAUCAGGAUCUGUCAAGACAAGAACUGCUGCAGGAUCUGCCUGCCAAUUCAGUUUAUAUUCUAACAGAUUGGGCGAUGAAAUGGCUUCCGGAAAAAUACAUGGAGCCACAGGAAGAUUUUUUCCCCAAGCGAGGUUUAUCAUGGCAUAUUGGUGUGGUGGUGAAGAAAGUAACUAGUACUACUACAAAAAGCACACAGCCAAAGAAUACUACGGGGAAACACCGACGUCAAAUAGAACGUAGUUCCAUGAGAGACAUGGGUAUGACUAUGUAUCACUCGAAACUAGAAAAGAUCAAUAAUUUCUCUUCAAUUGGAAGAGACUACACUGCUGAUGAUGAUGAUACAAUUCGUAUUACACCAGACAGAGGAUGGGCUUUGCCAAAAGAACGAAAACUGACGCGUCUGAAUGAAUCUCAGAUAAAAUAUCUCACUGAGAAGUUCGAUGAGGAUGUAGAAAGAAAAUCGAACGAAACAAAACUAGAUCAAAAGAAAGAAACAUACAAGAGUCAUUUAUGA